UACUUCAGUCUCUCGGCAACACUUCACUUGACAUCACAUCAUCACACGCCUGCUAGCUAGCUUGCACUGAACUACUGUACUGUAGCUAAAUGACGAUUCUGACAAGUUUAUUCGUAGAAUUGUAACUUUUGAAUUAGUUACAAAUGUAUAAUUCGCAUAUUGCUCAGUUAUAAGUGUUAGCUAACAUUUAGUAUACUACUUGAUUACAGUAGUCCUAAGUGGAGCUUGUCAACAACCUAGCUCUUGAAAACCACCAUUGAAAACCAUAUUGUGGAGAUUGCCGUUUGUUGUGGUCUCAAACAUACGGUUUUGUGUCAUCACAUUUACUCUAACUGUCCGGGAGUUUAGGUAAAAACGACUAUUUCAGGCGAGUCGGUAAAAGGUAAGACAGCUAGCUGUAUAGGCGCAUAACGAGGCCGUGUGCUAAUCCAGCAACAUGCCUACCACUACGUCAUACAUAUCUGCUCGGUAAAUAUUGCGUUGAGUCUAUUGAAUAUGUUCUGUAGUGUUGCCGCCUGUCAAGGGGCUUUUCCUUGUGAAAAAAGGGAACUAUAUAUUCCGCUUUCUGUUUCAGUCAUACGAUAAAGCAUUUCAAGAGGCAUUGUAGGCUCACAAUAAUGGAGCACACGGGUUGUGUGAACCUUUGUAGUCUCACUAGCACUCUACCGGUGAUCCCCUAUCAAAAGCUGACGGACUUGCACUAUCUUAGCAAAGGUGGGUUCGGAACCGUUUUCAAGGCACAACAUUCUGACUGGCGGACAACCGUAGCAAUUAAGUGCUUGAAGUUGGAUUCUCCCGUUGGCGAAAGGGAGAGGAAUUGCUUGCUGAAGGAAGCAGAGGUGCUCCAUAAGGCCCGUUUCAACUACAUCAUCCAGAUAUUUGGCGUCUGCAAUGAGCCAGAAUUCUUCUGCAUUGUCACAGAGUACAUGAUCAAUGGCUCCCUAGACCAGCUGCUUCAUGAGAAAAGCCUGUAUCCCCUUCUUGCCUGGCCUCUGAGACUGCAGAUACUGUAUGAGAUCGCCCUGGGGGUCAACUUCCUACACAACAUGACCCCACCUCUCUUGCACCACGACCUGAAGACGCAAAAUAUCCUCUUGGAUGGGGAGUUUCACGUCAAGAUUGCAGACUUUGGCCUCUCCAAGUGGCGCCAGCUGUCCAUCAGUAAGUGCUCCGGGUCCAAGCCCCCAGAGAUGGGCGGCACCGUGAUCUACAUGCCCCCCGAGAGUUACGAACCCUCCCGGAGUCGACGGGCUGAUGUCAAGCACGACAUGUACAGUUAUGCAAUCAUCAUGUGGGAGGUGCUGUCUAGGCGAAUACCAUUUGAAGAGGCCACCAACCCCAUGCAGAUCAUGUUCAGUGUUCUGCGAGGCUCACGUCCGGACACGGGGCUGGACUACCUGCCAGGGGACAUCCCCAGCAGGGACACCCUCAUCAACCUCCUGACCUGCGGCUGGUCCGCUAACCCAGACGAGCGGCCCUCCUUCCUCCAGUGCCUGAUUGACCUGGAGCCCAUGCUGAGGAGGUUUGAUGAGGUCAGUGUGCUGGAGGCCGUCCUGGAGGUCAAGAGGUCAAAGGAGAGUUCCACCUCUGGGUCAGGGUCCUGCUCCUCCCAGGAGGCCAACAUGUCCCAGCCCAGGUGUCUCACCAGCAGCAAUGCCCUGCCUUCCAAAGACAUGUCCCCAUCCUCGUUCAUGCCUGUCCCCCUGGAGCACCCCCAGCCUCUGAAGGACCACAGCUUGGACAACAAACUCAGCAACUACUCCCAGAGUGCCCGGCCCAUGAACAACUUCAACAUCCCCCUCCAACCCGGCCUGCCCGUCAACGAGUGUGAGACCCAUCUGGAUAACCUAACCCUCACGCCCCAGGGAAAGCCCCAGCCUCAAGACGCUUCUCCCCCAUCAGACCCCCCCGCCCCCACGCUGGGUCCCCUCGUCGCCUGGCUGGCAGCGCAGCGGGAGGAGAUAGUGCUGCAGAUGACGGAGGCGUGCCUGAACCAGAGCCUGGACGCCCUGCUGGCCCGCUCGCUGCUGAUGCGCGAGGACUACGAGCUGGUGGUGAACCGGCCCACCCGCACCGCCAAGGUGCGCCAGCUGCUGGACACGUGCCACCGUCGCUGUGAGGAGUUCUGCCGCGUGGUCAUCCGCAAGCUGCAGGAGAACAUGCAGCUGGGCCUGAAGCCAUACCCCUCGGAACUCUUCUCGCCCACGGCCGCGGCGCAGCCCACCGCCCCGCCGUGCCAGUACGCCAAGAACACGUUCUAGGGUUGGCCCACACGCAAGCACAGAGACCAGUGUGUGUGUGUGUGUGUGUGUGUGUGUGUGUGUGCGCUCUGCGAGUCAGUUUGGGGUUGACUCGGAGCUCAAGACAUGAGCUCAUGUGGGAGGGUCGGACCUAAUUGUGGUCGCCACGGCAACUGCCUGUCCCCUUUGCUGUGGAUCCUGCUGUGUGGGUAUAGUGGAUGGUGAACCCAUCCACUGCCUAAAAGGAUGAGGAUAGAUAGAUAGACAGGCUGGUUUGACCAUGUCGUGUUGACUGAGAUAGCCGACGAGCAUGGCUGAAGCAUUCCUUCAUUUUUUGAUAUAGUAGAUUAGGUCACAGUCCUUCAGUGUGUUUGAAAUGAUGUCUCACCAUGAUUUAGAUCCAUGAGAAUUUGGUCUUCAAUAAAUUAGGCUACUAGGUCACUUUACCAUAUCUAUCUUAUCUGCUCUGAAAAGCAUGUUUGAGGGAGAUUUGUUUGAUUAAGUAUUUUUGGGGCUCUCAGUCAUUUAAUAAUAUACUGGGAUGUUGCCUCCAAUGUAUAAAUAUACUCAAUGGAUUUGAGUGUACUAGAUGUAGCUUAGGACUGUCUUGGCUGUCUUGGUUUUCUUCAAGUUCAUGUCCACAAAAUAAGUUAAACUCUGUACUGUUAGCAGCAUUGAUGAUGCGAUGGUAAAAAAAAAACAGGCAACGGAACUCAAAUAUUUACAUUUAGAAUGUAUCUGUUGUUGGGUAUACAAAGCAGUUUAUGUAGCUCCAUCCAGAGUGUAGCAUUUCUUCUAAAUGUUGUGGAUUGUGUUGCAGACAUGUUCUUCUACCAGAGGGUGAGGUCAUAGUUGUAUAUGCAUGUGUACUGUAUCUGUUGUUGGCCUUGUGAGCUUCUCUGGCUACACAUGGAAUGGAAUGGACUGGGCUUCAAGCUAAAACUUGGAGCUAAAUAUAGGACCUUGUGGUGCUCCUCAUAGUAACCUGCUCCAAUAGAAAGCUUUGAUUGUCUAUUUUGAUAUUGUCUUCUGCAACUCAUCUGAUGCGAGUGCAUUUGAGUUUUGAUUCGUACAAGGUCUGUACUCCUCACUGGUUUGCCGUAGUUAGUUCUACAGACAAACUACAAGCAGGAUGAGCUAUUCUGGCUAUAAAGUCUGUUCCAGUACCUUCCAUCAGCUGUGGAGGACUUCAGCUGUGUUCCUCGAUCAUGACUGUUAUGAUGGCUCCCCCUGCCCGAGAAGACUACCGAUCUCUCUGCAAACCACACAUCCCUCUCCCUCACAGACCACACAUCCCUCUCCCUCACAGACCACACAUCCCUCUCCCUCACAGACCACACAUCCCUCUCCCUCACAGACCACACAUCCCUCUCCCUCACAGACCACACAUCCCUCUCCCUCACAGACCACACAUCCCUCUCCCUCACAGACCACACAUCCCUCUUCCUCAACUGCCAAAAACAAGCUGCACAGUAGUUUUCCUCCUGAAAAACGGUCCAUUCCGUUUACAGCCUCACACUGUCUCUCCAUUAGUGUUGUGUGCAUGCAGUGUCUCUGUGGAGAAAACCCAGUCAAAACUCCCACCAGAGCUAGGUGUUUUUUAAGAGGCCUUAUUGUCAUCACUGCACUUCCUCAAAUGGUCAUGAAUUAACAGUACUGGAGAACCAGGAGGUUUUAAUGACUCACAAUGAAUAGUUGUUUUCUCAAUUGUGACCCUAAAAUGACCACGAUUAGAUAGAUCUUUGACCUUUGCAUAAGAGGGUUUGACUAAAGCCUACAGAGAUCCAGAUUUUGUAUUAAUUCCAAAUUAUUAUUUUUUUGUUUCUUUGUACCUAUUAAAGUUUAAAUCCGCAAUGACUUCCUGUGGAGACUGGUGUGAUGUAGGGUGAGCUAGAAGGUUCAAAAUGCUUCCAAAUUCUUCUUGACAUUAAGGCCUUCUCAUUGAUACUGUGCCUCAUUUCCUUUUUGUUUUUUUUGUUUUUUUUCAUGGACACCAUGGUAUAAUAUUUGCACAUAUUUACAGUAGCUGUUAUUGAACAUUUUAGAUUUUGGAUUUCUAUUAAAACAUAUCUGUGGGCCUAAAAUUAUGGUUGUGAUUGGUAGAAUAUGGAAUAUCUCUAGUUUAACUUCUGUUUCAUGGAUCAACCUCAAUCUGUUGAAUAAAACAAUAACUGAUGUGG